UCGCAUUUCGCGUUUAAACACAACGGAUUUGUUAUUACCGCGCUCUUGAUUCGCGCUCUUGAAUAAACGCACACUUUUAAAUCGCAUAAACAAAUUUAUCCAAAACAAACGUUGACAGAAAAUCGUCCAAAAUGUCUCAUACGGUAACAGUUACUAGAACUACAACUACGACAACGACGUCAGCUAUCAUAAUUAACACAGGAUAUUUAAAAUCGUGGCCAGGAUUACUGAAAUUCGCACAAUUAAUUCUUGGCAUUGUCACUGUCGGAAUCGUAGGUUACUAUAUCCAUAGAUAUGGAAAAUAUGUCAACACACCCGAAAUAUUCUUCCUACUUAUGGCUGUGACAUUCCUUAUAGGAACGUUCCUACUAUUAACAUCAUGUUUGAUAUCCAUUUCCACUGCAUCUAUCAUCUCUAAAACAAUAUACGAAGUUGUCUAUCACGGAUGUGCUUUUAUACUUGUAUUGGCUGCUAGUUUGACAUUUGUCAUCGAGAUAAACCAUUGGAAAAGGAAUUAUUAUACCUCGGACUAUGAAGCAUAUUUUGCAGCAGCAGUAAUUGGAUUGGUAAAUUCAGUACUCUACCUAUUAAGUACAAUCUUCGCCUUAAGAAGCUACAGAGGUCUUUAAUUGUCUCCUAUUAGAAAUUUUUGUUAACUAUUUAUUUGUCACGGUUUGACUCACUAAGUUAAGAAAAUAAUUAUUUUGUAAUAUAUCAGCAAGAUGCAUACCAGGAAAAGUUAAUGUAUUUUUAAAAAUACACAUUGAAUAAUAUCAGGUCAAUUCUUUCUUUGCUCCAUAAUAAAGUGUUUGGAUUCUAUUUAUAUAGUAAAUGUUUACUCUUAACGUAAAAUUGUAAGGUUAUAAUUUUAUUUUAGAGUAAAGUGACAAAUUAUAAAUUUAGAAGUCUCUGUAUCUCUGGUACGGAUGCCUAUAACGUAAAUUAUCCUUAAUGAUUAUAAUGUGGAAGUUUCUUUAAUUUAUUUCAGAUUGUUAGACCGCAUUCCAAAAUA